CUGAAGGGAUAUAAAUUGCUGGACCUGUUAUAUUAAUGUAAAACUACGUAUAUACUUUCUAUUCGCGUUACUGAACCAUCUUGUUCAAAGGCAAAAAUACAAGUUCCUUAUACGCUUAGGAUUGAACACCCUAGAAGCUCUUUAAGUGACGUAAAUCGCACCAGGUGUAGUAUCACUACCUAUUGAGCGCAUCGCGGCUAGGAACGGAGUUCGCAAAAUAAUCGAAAUGGCAUCGUCUGAAAAUACCGGAGCUGCGGCGCCUCAGCCGAAGAAGCAAUUCUUACUAAAUGCUUUCGUGAUGACAACACCGGGGCAUUUAUCACCAGGCCUAUGGAAACACCCGCGCAACCGAACGGAUGAGUACAACAAACUCAGCUUCUGGAUCGAGCUUGCACAGCUACUUGACAAAGGCGGUUUCCAUGCUAUGUUCAUAGCCGACGUGCUAGGCGCAUACGACGUAUACCGAGGCCCUGCGAAUGUGGACCCGGUACUCUCAUCAGGCGCGCAGUUCCCUGUUAACGAUCCAUUGUACACUGUUCCCGCUAUGGCAGCCGCUACGAAGAAUUUGAUAUUCGGUGUCACGGCUUCGACGACAUAUGAUGCGCCUUAUGCCAUGGCGCGUCGGUUCUCAACUGUUGAUCACCUGGCUGAGGGGCGAGUGGCGUGGAAUAUUGUGACGUCAUAUCUUGAGAGCGCAGCGAGGAAUUUUGGGUUGGAGACGCAGAUUGAGCAUGAUGAGCGUUACCGUAUCGCUGAGGAGUAUAUGGAGGUUUUAUACAAGUUAUGGGAAAGUAGUUGGAGAGAUGACGCGGUGGUUCGAGAUCGCGAGAAGGGCUUAUUCGCGGUAGCUGGACGAGUCCGUCCAAUUGGCCACCAGGGCAAAUACUUCAAAGUGCCAGGCCCGCAUAUCGCAGAACCCUCACCGCAGCGAACGCCGUUCUUAUUCCAAGCUGGAACGUCUAAAGCUGGAGCUGAGUUCGGCGGGAAACACGCCGAGGCGGUGUUUGUAGGUGGACAGCUACCAGAACUUGUUCGCAAGUCGGUGGAUAAUCUUCGAGAGUCGGCUAGGCAGUUUGGACGAGACCCGCAGCACCUCAAGAUACUAACAGGUAUCACGCUGAUCGUCGAUGAGACGGACGAGAAAGCGCAGGCUAAGUACCGGGAGCUCUUAUCAUACGGAGAUCGCGAAGGCGCGCUUGCGUUGUUCGGCGGGUGGACGGGAAACGACUUAUCGGGGUACGGGGAUGACGAGGAUUUGGUCUUGGUUGACAAGCCGGCGAUUCGAUCGAUUAUUAGUCGCUGGUCAAGUACGGUACCAGGGACGGAAGGCCUGACGUGGACAAAGAAUCGAAUCGCGGAGUUCUUGACUGUGGGUGGCAUGAUGCCAAAAAUCAUUGGCAGCCCUAAGACAAUUGUCGACGAACUUGAGAGAUGGGCUGAGAUUGCUGAUGUCGACGGAUUCAAUCUCGCGCAUGUAGUCAACCCGGGGUCCUUUGAGGAUAUUAUCGAAUUUGUGAUCCCCGAGUUACGAAGAAGGGGACUGUUUAGAACCGAAGUCGAACGCGAGGGGGUUACGGCUCGGGAUGUAUUCUUUGGACAGCCGCAUCUUCUAAGCGACCACCCGGGUCACCAGUACAAGUGGCCCGCACCCGAGGAGGCAUAAUGUAAUAGUUUAGUGGUAAUAGUGGUACACAUCAAGAAACGGGAAAGUCGGUAGAGGACGUGUUGUCUCAAUUCGGCAGCUCGGGUC